AUGACAGAAACAAUAUGUGUUCCCACUCUAGCUUUUGCUACUAAACUGAUAAAAGCGCUACCCUCUACUAAUGAAAUACUAAAUAAUGAUAUAAGUUUUUCGAUAGUGCUUCCAAUUGUUCCUCCAACUUCUUCACUAAAUCUUGGCAAAGUAAAAAUUGUUGGGUCAGUUGGUAAAGUAAAAAUUGAUGGGAGAGUUGGCAAAGUAAAAAUUGUUGGGUCAGUUGGUAAAGUAAAACUUGGUGGGAGAGUUGGUAAAGUAAAAAUUGUUGGGUCAGUUGGUAAAGUAAAAAUUGUUGGGAGAGUUGGUAAAGUAAAAAUUGAUGGGAGAGUUGGCAAAGUAAAAAUUGUUGGGUCAGUUGGUAAAGUAAAACUUGGUGGGAGAGUUGGUAAAGUAAAAUCCGUUGGGUCAGUUGGUAAAGUAAAACUUGGUGGGAGAGUUGGUAAAGUAAAGAUUGUUGGAUCAGUUGGUAAAGUAAAACUUGGUGGGAGAGUUGGCAAAGUAAAAAUUGUUGGGUCAGUUGGUAAAGUAAAACUUGGUGGGAGAGUUGGUAAAGUAAAAAUUGAUGGGAGAGUUGGCAAAGUAAAAAUUGUUGGGUCAGUUGGUAAAGUAAAACUUGGUGGGAGAGUUGGUAAAGUAAAAAUUGUUGGGUCAGUUGGUAAAGUAAAAAUUGUUGGGUCAGUUGGUAAAGUAAAACUUGGUGGGAGAGUUGGCAAAGUAAAAAUUGUUGGGUCAGUUAGUGAAGUAAUAAUUGGUGGGAGAGUUGGUAAAGUUGAAAUUGACGGGAGAGUUGGUAAAGUAGGAUUUGACGGGAGAGUUGGUAAAGUUGGAAUUGGCGAGAGAGUUGGUAAAGUAAGAAUUGGCGGGAGAGUUGGUAAAGUAGGAAUUGGCGGGAUAGUUGGUAAAGUUGGAAUUGGCGAGAGAGUUGGUAAAGUAGGAAUUGGCGGGAGAGUUGGCAAAGUAAUCAAUGUCGGUAUUGUAGGUGUCGUAAUAAGGGGUAGCGUAAUAGGGGGUAGCAUAAAAGGAGGUAGGCUGGCAGCAUGA